AUGCCAACCACAUUCGCUCCUGUAAUUGGUUUAUCAGAAAGUAUUGCCACACAGACCUGUAACUGCCACUAUCCCAUUGGUUUAGUGAUAUUUCUUAUUUUUACAAUUGCCAGUCUUCUGGUUUGUAUAUGUGUUUGCUGCUUUGAUUUGGGACAGGUCAUAUCACUAGAUUUAGGUUAUCGUCUCGAUUAUUUAAUUUUUCAGUGUAAUAUAUGUCAGAGAGAUAGCAGAAAAGAGGUCAAGUUUCGACGCACUUCAAUGAAUGCUCGAUUUGUCGAGCCAAGCAAAUUUGUGAUUGAUAGAAAGUUAUCCAUGGAUCCAUGUCUAAUGGAAUACCGUCAAUUGUUCAACUCUGGAAGUGUAACUUCAUCAUCUAACUCUCAUUCUCGAUGCAUUGAAAAUCCUCAAUUCUCAUUUUCUACGGAACGAUCUCUUAUCUCAACUGUGUAA